AAAAGUGUUGGUUAGAUAUGUUGCAGAUGCGAGAAGCAUGGUACCACCAUAACCAUUAAGAUGUGGCACGUGCAAGCUCUGUCAGCUCCAACUACCACUUCCAUGUCACCAAUGGCAAAGCUCAUGCUCCACAAUAAACACAGAUCAACCCCUGGUCUUCGACUCAAAAGCCAGGAGAUGGAGAUGGAGAUGGAGAUGGAGAUGGAGAUCAACCUCCGUUCUCACUUCCUUCAACUUCUUUCUACUCGUCGUUCUCCUCAAGUUCCACUUGAGGCACAACCUGCAAAGCCUGUGCUGGAACCCUUAUAUCAGGGAACUCCACCACCAAAAUUUAGUCAGCCAAUGGAAUCUUGUCCAAAAGCAGACAUUCCCAACUUGAAGGAACUGCUUUAUGAAGAAAACUUGUACUUAACCACUGAGGAAGGAGAGCAAGGAAAAUUGCCUGUACUUAUCUUGAGUAUGAAAGAAAGCAGGCAUUCCAAAAGGCCAGCGGUUGUUUUUCUGCAUAGCACAAAUAAGURCAAAGAAUGGCUACGCCCGUUACUUGAGGCUUAUGCUUCAUUUGGAUAUAUUGCUGUUGCUGUUGAUUCUCGUUACCAUGGAGAACGUGCCAAAARCGUCACCACCUAUAAUGAUGCACUUGUUUCAUCAUGGAAAAGAGGUGAUACAAUGCCAUUCAUAUUUGACACGGUUUGGGACCUUGUAAAGUUAGCAGACUAUCUUACUGGAAGAGAUGAUAUAGACCAUUCCAGGAUAGGAAUUACUGGGGAAUCACUUGGAGGAAUGCAUGCAUGGUUUGCUGCUUUUGUUGACACACGUUAUUCAGUGGUUGUCCCCAUAAUUGGUGUUCAGGGAUUUCGUUGGGCCAUUGAUAAUGAUCAAUGGCAGGCUCGAGCUGACAGUAUCAAGUCUGUGUUUGAAGAAGCACGGCACGACUUAGGGAAGGACGCCAUUGACAAAGAAGUCGUGGAGAAGGUUUGGAACAGGAUAGCGCCUGGUUUAACAUCGGAGUUUGAUUCAGUUCAUACAGUUCCACUGAUUGCACCACGGCCUUUGUUGAUUUUGAACGGCGAAGAAGAUCCUCGUUGCCCGAUUGCAGGUCUGGAUGUUACUAUAUCAAGAACCUGCAAGGCUUUCCAAGAUGCCAAUUGUCCAGAUAGUUUCAAGGUGAUUGCAGAAGCAGGAAUUGGGCAUGAGAUGACGGGGUCAAUGGUUAAAGAAGCGAUGAAUUGGUUUGACAAGUUCUUCCAACCAUAGAAGAAAUUAAUUUGGACUUACGUAUUUUGAACAACAAAACUGCUAUGUAUAUUAUGUAUUAUGUAUUAUGUAUUAUGUAUUAUGUAUUAUGUAUGUAUAUUAUCAUUCAGUAGAAUUUUGAACUUGGUGGUCAAUGGUCAUGGUCAUGGUGGUGACUUGGGUUCAGAGUUGUUUCAAGUUUUAUUUUGCUAAUGAAGAUGCCAUUCAAUUCUCA